GAAAGUUAAAAGUCCCAGGAGAACAGACUGACGCACGUGGGAAGAUAUAUCUGGUAUCCGGGGUCCUUCCCGUGGUCUCUCACAAAAGGCGUGAUUCCCAUGUGACGGCCUCCCAAAGUCAUCACCCCCCACUUUACCUCGACGCGACCAGUAUAUUCUGCUCAUUGUCGACAACAGCGAGCAGGCAUACUACAAUACAUCCCUUUUGUGGCCCUUGCAGUGGUUUCCUACCCAUUCUGCCUAUUGAUCCGAAUUUUUUUAUAUUAUUCAGCCCUGCGGGUUGUUAUCAAACCCAAGUCUCAGUGUUUUGAGGAUUCAUUACGAACAAUUAUUGAGCUGCAGUUAUCGAACCACUGCAGUAACGCAAUAAUUCUGUACUCUUAGUCAACAACGAUGCCCCAGGCUGCAGCGCAACAUGACCCAGCAUUGGCUGGUCAACCAGCGGCUCCGUCAAAUGCCGUUCCCACUACGACCCCAGAUUUGAGUUCUCUGGGCCUUGGGAGAGAGCAGAUUCUCUCCUUGUUAAGUAAUUUGCCAGUAUUCAAGGUCACCGACCAAGGUCCCAAGGCCGAUGCCGCCCAGAUUUUAUCCAAUUUGGCCCAGCAGCAAGGCUUUGUUGGCGUCAUCCCUGGCUUUCCUGGACCUGGGAUAAGCGACCCUGGUCCGUCUUCGCAUCCUCGAGGUCCCCCCAACCUAGGACAGCAAAAAGAGACAGAGGAGGGGAGCGAUGAAGGCGAGGGCGCUGCCAAGCCUCCUCCGAAGCCUGAGAACGCCCCACCUAUCAACCAGGGUCCCAAUCCUAACCUUGGCGGGAGGCGAUCAAAGAGCGGUGCUACCAUGGGGAGUGACGAGUGGACGAGGCAACGCAAAGAUAAUCAUAAAGAAGUCGAGCGCCGCCGCCGAGGUAAUAUCAACGAAGGCAUUAACGAACUCGGUCGCAUUGUUCCCAACGGGUCUGGUGAAAAAGCCAAAGGCGCAAUCCUGUCGCGCGCAGUGCAAUACAUUCACCACCUCAAGGAGAACGAAGCCAGAAAUAUUGAGAAGUGGACCCUGGAGAAGCUCUUGAUGGAUCAAGCGAUGGGAGACUUGCAAGCCCAGCUUGAGGACAUGCGAAAAAUGUGGGAGGAGGAGCGAGCGAAUCGACAAAGGAUCGAAGCCGAGAUAGAGACGAUUAGGAGCGGCGCUCAUGCUGGCCAGAAGAGGCCCCGCGAGGAUGAAGAUGGGAAAGAUGGUGACGGGAAGAAGCAGAGGACGGAGUAGGCGUUUCUUCUUGUGAUAUGUGGACUCAUCGCUGUUUUCUUUGCUAUGAGGCGGUUGUACUAUGUUUUUCCUGGAUUUUCGAUGUUUAUUUGUUGUCGUUAUGAAGUUACUGUGUAUGAUAUUUAUUUAUCGUUUUGAAAACA